AUGUCAGUGGGCAAUCUGUGUGAGUCGUUUAUCAGUCUAUGUGUGCCGAAUAUCAGUCUGUGUGGGCCGUGUAUCAGUCUGUCUGAGCCGAGUAUCAGACUGUGUGAGCCAUGUAUCAGUCUGUGUGAGCCGUGUAACAGUCUGUGUGAGCCUUGUAUCAGUCUGUGUGAGACGUGUAUCAGUCUGUGUGAGCCGUGUAUCAGUCUGUGUGAGCCGAGUAUCAGUCUAUGUGAGCCGUGUAUCAGUCUGUGUGAGCCGUUUAUCAAUCUAUGUGAGCCGUGUAUCAGUCUGUGUGAGCCGUGUAUCAGUCUGUGUGAUCCCUGUAUCAGUCUGUGUGAGCCGUGUAUCAGUCUGUGUGAGCCGUGA